CGGUAUCGGCCGCUAUCACCGAGGUAUGGAGCUCUCCCCAGAGCAUGCCGACGCCGGGGGGCUCAGAGAGGCGGCCGCCGCUCAGCGCACCUCUCGGGUCGCGCGGGGACAGCGUCCACAACGCGUCGACGCUGGUGGAUUGUGCGUCUGACAACGACAACGUCAACGUUGACGACGACUGCAACAAUGAUGACGACGACGCGCGCUUCGCGUCGGCGCGCAGCAUGAACGAAAGCCUCUUCAAGCAGUUACUGCCGGCCCCCGCGCCGCAGCGCUUCCGUGCACAGGACAGCGUGAGCCUCGCUAGCGAGCCGUUCGCCGCAAGCGACGCGUUCAUGUCGUGCCGCAGCCUGCGGCGCAU